UGAAAAAAAAAGAGUCGAACUUGCAUUCAAUUGUCCAAGCCUAACGUCAUGGAAAGAGUUACUUUGUUGCAGAGCGCACAGGAAUAAACCGUGUGAAACAACAGUUACCCCGCAUGCGUGGUGAUCGUGGGUAGGAUUUGACUGUUUGCGUGUUUGUUAGUUUGUUAAAUUAAAAGGCUCGAGGAGAAGAUGCGCAGGAACCUGUUUACAAGGAAAACGCAGCAAGUUUGAGUCUGGGGGGACUGUGGAGCAGGCAGUCUGAAAAUGCACACGGAUACCAUUACUCGUGCCUCUGUUUCUCCUCACGCUAGACCAAUUAGUCCUGGAAAUGUUUUCGUCAAGGAUCUUUCCUGGGCUCUGCGAUGAGAAGCAAGUGUCCGAGGUUUCAGUGACCAGAUUCUGAGGAUUAAAACCUGCAUCGCUGCUGCUGGAGGAGCUCCUUGAUACUAGUUUUGUUUCUGGAACCUGUUGAGUUUGUGAUGUGAAGUGAUGUUUAAAUGAUCUCCGUUAUGGAGGAGUUAAAGCUUUAUAACGCUGUUGUUAUCUGUUAGCAUAGAAUAUAAGACGAUAAAGUGCGUUAGCCUCAAUGGGCCGAGGAUGCUAGUGGUCACAACAGGCUUUUAAUUUAGACUGAAAUGAAGUAAUAGCUUUACAAAACUGUUCACUCUGCCUGUGUUUCUAAAGAAUCACAUCAUUAAAUUUACAUGAAGGUCAUCUUGUGCUGUUGUUGUUCACCUGAUACAACAGCUGACAUGUAAUUUGAUAUGAGUUUUAAUUUUACAGUGAGCUUGUGUUAUUUGUUUCCAAUACUGCAUGCAUCAAGCCAGUAGCAUCACUAUAAUCACUAUGUGCAUGUAGGAAUUUCAGCUUUUUUUUGUUGACCGACUUUAAUAUCAGGAUGUCAGUGAAAGCUAAAGCCAUCUACACAUUUCUGAGUGAAAACAAAGAGGAGAUCAGCAUCCAGGAGAAUGAGGAACUGGUUAUUUUUGAUGAGAAGUCAGUAGACGGCUGGUUCCAGGGGGAAAACAGCCGAGGGGAGAGGGGUCUCUUCCCAGCAUCUUAUGUGGAAAUAAUUCGCACUCGCUCAAACUCUAAUGUGACUGACUGCUCCAUCAGCCCAGCAGGCUCUUUAGAGAAGGACUCCUCCUAUUUCCCCUCUAUUCCAAUCACCCCUCCUCAUUUGCAGCAACCAUAUGAUGAUGACGACGAUGAUGACUGGGAUGACUGGGAUGACAGGUCCACAGUGGUGGAGGAUGCUGAUUAUAGCAGAAGCCCCGGGGCUAAUGGACAUGCCCAUCGAAGCCCAGUGUCUAACAACCCAAAUGUGCACUACCGUGCCAAACCACACAUGGAGCGACAGGACAGCAUCUCCAGCUCCAGGAAAGGCAGUAUGGUGGGCAGAAACUUGAAUCGGUUUUCCAGCUUUGUCCGCUCAGGGGUGGAAGCAUUUGUACUGGGUGAUGUACCCAUGAUGGCAAAGAUAGCUGAAUCAUACACCAUCGAAAUGAGUCCUUUGGGGCCCGGUUGGCAGGCAAAUCCACAGCCUUUCUGCUGCUCCAUUGAAGACCCCACAAAACAAACAAAGUUCAAGGGCAUCAAGACCUACAUUUCAUACCGGGUCACGCCAAGUCACACGGGGAGUCCCGUCUACAGGCGUUACAAACACUUUGACUGGCUGUACAACCGCUUACUGCACAAGUUCACUGUGAUCUCUGUGCCUCACCUGCCUGAGAAGCAGGCCACGGGGCGAUUCGAGGAAGAUUUUAUCGAGAAGCGCAAGAGACGACUGAUACUGUGGAUGAACCACAUGACCAGUCAUCCAGUCCUUUCCCAGUAUGAAGGCUUUGAGCAUUUUCUAAUGUGUGCUGAUGACAAGCAGUGGAAACUAGGGAAGAGACGGGCAGAGAAGGAUGAGAUGGUGGGUGCACAUUUCAUGCUUACCCUCCAGAUUCCUAAUGAGCACCAGGACCUUCAGGAUGUAGAGGAGCGGGUCGACACCUUCAAGAACUUUGCUAAGAAAAUGGAUGACAGUGUGAUGCAGCUCACACAUGUUGCCUCAGAGCUUGUGCGUAAACACCUGGGUGGGUUCAGGAAAGAGUUCCAGCGACUGGGAAAUGCGUUCCAGUCAAUCAGCCAAGCAUUUAUGCUGGACCCUCCCCACAGCUCAGAUGCCCUCAACAGCGCCAUCUCACACACAGGCCGCACCUAUGAGAACAUUGGAGAGAUGUUUGCAGAGCAACCUAAGUAUGACCUCUUCCAGAUGCUGGACAAGUUGUCACUUUACUAUGAUUUUUUGACAGAU